AUGUUGAUGCCUCAUAUCAUCUUUGAUUUUCAGGGAGAUAGCGGCGAGCUGCGUCGUAGAUUCAUAAGGGCUUGGGACAGAGUUCACCAAUCUGACCCACAUGAGUUAGGACCAAAGACUUCUCUGCCAAUGGAGCCAUAUCUCAGAUGGGUCCGCAUCCGCGCCCAGAAGUUAGGUAUGCCAUAUGAAGCUGUCAGGCCUGUUACUCUUGAAGUUGCUAAUGAGGAGGGGGUUCUUCCGACUAUUCUCCACCCUUACAUGCCCACUGAUAUUGGGGCACUGAAGAGGUCUUGGAUGCAAUUGAGGAAUGAACGAGAUUCCUACCGAGAGAGGUUCAAUGAACAGAAGCAGAAGAUCCAGAAGCUGACCAGACAGUUGGAGAACGAGCGGAUCCUGAAUGACUAUGUCCGCACUGAGAAGAAGAGACCAUGGGAGCAUUGA